GGCGAUCGUGCGGCGAUUGCGCAUGCGCGUUUGGGCGCGAGGUGCGAGUGUGCGCGCACGGCGGCGGCGCACGCGCGGCUUCAGUUCGCGCGCGCCCUCGACAUGGCUCGGUGGCUGACGGCCCUCGUGGCCCUCGCGGCGCUCCUCCUCGCCGCGCCGCCCGCGCUCGCGCGCAAGUCCGCCCCGCACAAAGCCGAACCCCAGAUCGAGGAGGUCACCGCCAAGCAGCUGGAGCGAAUACUGGAGGACAAGGACUUCGUUGCGGUGUACUGGUAUGCCAGAAGCUGCGUAACUUGUGACAAAGUACUGGAAGAGCUAGAGAAGAUCGAUGACGACACGGACACUUUCGGCGUCGACUUUGUCAAGAUCAACGACAAGAGACUCGCAAAGCAAUAUGGCAUCACGAAAUUCCCCGCCCUCACGUACUUCCGUGAGAAGGAGCCGAUUAUUUACGAAGGAGAUCUCAUGGACGAAGAGAGUGUCCUGGAUUUCCUGACGAGCUUAGAAGCAAUGGAUCUCCCUGACCGGAUAGAAGAAGUAAAUCAGAAAAUUCUAGAAAAAAUCAUAGAAGAAACAGAAUACGUAGCCGUUCUAUUUUGUCCCGAUCUCAGUAAAUGCGGGCCGCUGCUCAAUAAACCGGAAUGCAAGAAGUGCGCUAAGGCUCUACAGGAGCUGGAGAACAUCGACGACGAAGCCGACCAGCUCGGAAUCGGCUUCGUGAAGAUCCACGAUGAGGAGCUCGCCGAAGAGUACAGUCUUGGAGAAUUGCCAAGAUUAGUAUACUACAGGCAUCAAAUACCUAUUAUCUACGAAGGUGAACUAAGCAGAGAGGAAGAUGUGUUAGAGUGGCUGAUAGCGAACAAGUCGACUGGAGAUGAGGAGGACGUUAUUGAGGACGUCACAGCCAAAACGCUUAAUACACUAAUUGGGAACGUAGACAACCUCGUCGUUUUGUUUUACGAUCAUGGUGAUGAAGAAUCGAUGACAGUAUUAGGAGAGCUUGAAAAAAUUGAUGAUGAUUGCGACCGUCACGGAAUUCAGUUUGUUAAGAUUGAUGAUAAGAAAGCCGCUAUAGAAUUCGGCAUUGACAAUCUUCCAGCUAUCGUUUACUUUGAAAAGCAGAUACCUAAUGUUUAUGACGGCGAUCUCGAAAAUGAAGAAGAAAUGCUUGAAUGGCUUGUGGAUCAACUAGAAAAAGAUGAAAUCGAAGAUGUUACCGACGAAAUGCUUGAUCGAUUGAUCAAAGAUGGAAAAACCGUAGCAGUGUUGUUUUAUGACAAUAAUGAUCGUAAAUCCCAAAAAGUCCUUAACGAACUAGAAAAUAUUGACGAUGAAUGUGAUCAACUUGGAAUAGCAUUUGUUAAAAUUGACAACGAUGACGAAGCUAAAGAAUAUGGUAUUGAAAAAGUGCCUACACUAUUAUACUUCGAGAAAGGUAUUCCUACAUUUUACGAAGGUAAUCUAGAAGAAGAAGAGAAAGUACUUGAUUGGCUCAGACACCAAGCUGAAAGCGAUGAAAUUGAAGACAUUACCGAUGAAAUGCUUGACCUCAUAAUUGAGAAAAUGCCCUACGUUGCCGUACUUUUCUAUGACAAGGACCAGAAAAAGAGCCAGAAAAUAUUAGCAGAACUUGAAAACAUUGACGAUGAAUGUGACCAGAAUGACAUCGCAUUUGUUAAGAUAGACGACGACAAAGAAGCCAAAGAGUAUGGAAUUGAGAAUAUACCAACAAUGGUGUUUUUCGAGAAAGGAAUACCACAUAUUUACGAAGGUGAUUUAAUGAAGGAAGAUGAACUAUUAGGAUGGUUGCUCCACCAGAAACGUCAUAGUGAAAUCCCAGAGGUAACCGAUGAAAUGAUGGACAAAUUAAUAGAAAGUACGCCAUACUUAGCUGUGAUAUUUUACGACAAAGACGAUAAGCAAGAUAUCAGAAUCUUAAAUGAAUUAGAAAACAUCGAUGACGAAUUGGAAAAGGAAGGUAUUGUAAUAGUAAGAAUGGAUAAUGACGCUGAAGCCAAGCAAUAUGGAAUAGAUCAUUUACCAACUUUAGUUUACUUCGAAGAAAAUAUUCCUGCAAUCUAUGAAGGUGACCUUAUGAAUGAAGAUGAAGUGCUGGAAUGGCUUAUUGAACAAAAGAACAGUGCAACUAUCGAAGAAGUUACUGACGAAAUUUUAACAGAAUUAAUUGAGGAACAUGAAUAUGUUGUUGUCUAUUUCAGUGGCAAAUGUGAAGAAGGUGAAGAAUGUGAUAACAUUUUGGACGAAUUAGAAAAUAUAGACGAUGAAUUAGAUGAAACUGGUAUAAUAUUUGUUACAACUGAAGAUAUCGCGUUAGCUAAAAAGUACGGCAUCAAGACUUUCCCCACACUUGUUUUCUUCAGGAAUAAAGACCCUCUUAUUUAUAAAGGUGAUAUUGAAGAUGAAGAUGAAGUAUUAGCUUGGCUUACUGAUGAAAAUACACUUGAAAUUCCUGGAAAAAUUGAGGAAGUCAACUCUAGAAUGUUAGAGAAAAUUUUGGAAGAGAACGAUCAUGUGGUAGUCUUCUUCUAUAAAGAGGGUGACAAGAAAUCUCAAAAAAUAUUAAGUGAAUUAGAGAACAUCGACGAUGAAUGUGAAGAGAAGAAUAUUGAUUUUAUUAAGACAUCAGACGAAGGUGUGGACAAAGAAUAUGAUCUGUCGGAAUUGCCAGCUUUAGCUUUCUAUCGCCAUAAAUUCAGGACAAUCUACGAAGGUGAUUUAAUGCAUGAAGAUGCUAUAUUGAAGUGGGUACUGGAACUGCACGAUUCCCAACCAGACGUUAUUGAAAACGUUGACAGGAAAACACUCAAAGACCUGAUUGACGAUGUUGAACAUCUUGCAGUAUUCUUUUAUAGUGAAGAUUGUGACACUUGCGACGAUAUACUAGAGGAAUUAGAGACGAUUGAUGAUGAUACAGACAAACACGGUAUUCAGUUUGUCAAAUCUAAAGAUUCUAAAUUGGCAUCAGAUAUUGGUAUUUUCAGUUUCCCUGCUUUGGUUUACUAUGAAACAGGUGUACCUAUAAUGUAUGACGGUAAUCUAUUGGACGAGUCUGAAGUACUCGAUUGGAUGAUCAAACAAAAGGAAGAUGAGUCGAUUGAAGAAAUAGAUAGAGAUGAAUUGUUCAAAUAUAUUGAAACUAAAGAGUUUCUGGCUGUUGUAUUUUACAGAGAUGAUGAUCCGGGAAGUCCAAGAGUAUUAAGACAUGUGGAAUUAAUUGAUGAUGAAGCAUCAGAAUAUGGAAUAAAAAUAGUAAAGUGCAGUGACCGUCUGAUGGCUAAGAAGUAUGGUUUCCGCAAUCCACCAGGCAUCACGUACUUUAGGAAGACUAAAUAUAUUAAUUACGAUGGCGACAUAGAUGACGAAGAAGAAAUAUUAGACUGGCUGACCAAUCCAGAGAACAUGGAACUAACAGACCACAUUGAGAAAGUCAAUAGAAAGAUGUUUCAAAAAAUAAGACAAACAUCUGAUUUUGUAGCCGUAUUCUUUUACAGUAAUGACUGCAAACAAUGCCCCAGAGUGUUGGCGGAGAUCGAACACAUAGAUGAUGACGCGGACGGAGCUGGUAUUAAUUUCGUCAAAAUCGAUGACAGGCAAAUGGCCAAAGAAUACGGGGUGUUCGCUUUACCGGCUGUCUUAUUUUUCAAGUUGGGAUCUAAAGAACCUGUUAUUUAUGCUGGUGAUUUAUAUGAUGAACAACAACUGCUUAGUUGGUUGCUGACACAGAAAAAUCCAGCUGGUGAUAUAAUUGAAGCUCUAGAAGGAAAAGAUUUGAUGGACUUGAUAGAGGAAUCGGUGUCCGUGGCUGUAUACUUUUGGAAUAAAACAUUAUGCGAAAUAUGCAAUUUGAAAGCAAUGCAAAAGACCGUCAGAAAAAAAGACAGAGGCCACGAUGAGGAGGAAGGACAGGAACUAGAGGAUGGAGUUGAUUGCGAGCAAUGUACAGGAAUAUUGGAAGAACUAGAGAAUAUAGAUGACGAUUGUGACAGACAUGAGAUAAAGUUUGUUAAGACUCAAGACUAUUCAAUUGCGGAACAAUAUGGUGUAACCGAUUUUCCAGUCUUAGUAUACUUCGAGCAUAAUAUACCAAAUGUCUACGAAGGAUCUUUAGCUGAAGAAGAGGAAGUUCUCCAGUGGUUGAUAACUCAGAAAACGGAAGACCGUAUAGAACUAAUAACCAGAGUGAUGUUAGAGAAAAUGGUUGAAGAAACACAAUAUUUGGCGGUUUAUUUCUAUAAAUUAAAUUGUCAUAUUUGUGACCACAUACUUGAAGGUUUGGAGAAGAUAGAUGACGAAUGUGAUGUGUAUGGUAUUCAUAUGGUGAAGAUCCAAGAUCCGCAGCUUGCUAAGCGAUAUUCCAUUAAAACGUUCCCAGCUAUGGUUUACUUUAGAAACGGAAACCCGCUACUAUUUGAAGGUGAUUUGCAGAACGAAGAAUCGAUAUUAGAAUGGCUUAUAGAUGAUGACAAUCGUGAAUUAGCGGAUGAAAUUGAAUCAGUAAACGAAAGAAUGCUCGAAAGAUUACUUUAUCAAUCACAUUUGCUUGUCGUCUUUUUCUAUGAUGACGAAGAUUGUCCGGAAUGUGAAGAAAUACUUGAAGCAUUAGAACAAAUUGACGGAGAAGUGGAUCAGUAUGGUAUUGAUUUCGUGAAGAUAGCAAGCGUAGAAGCUGCAGCGAAACAUAAUGUCGUUAAUAUUCCAUCGUUAGUGUAUUUCCGUAAACGUGUACCAAUGUUGUAUGACGGAGAUUUGCAUCAUGUGGACAAAGUACUGCAAUGGCUGACUUCUCAAGACGUUUUUGAAAUCAAAAAUGAAAUCGAGGAGGUUAACAGAAAAAUGUUAGACAAACUUUUGGAAGAGAACGAAUUUUUAGCUGUUUAUUUCUAUGAAAAAUCAAUGGAGAGUAGAGCAGUUUUGGAUAAAUUAGAAAACAUUGAUAGUGAGACGGAUAAUUUGGAUAUAACAUUUGUAAAAAUGCAAGAUCCACGAUACGCCCGUAAAUGGGGAGUAACAAAAUUACCGGCUAUUGUGUACUUUAGAAAGCGGUUCCCGAGUAUAUACAGAGGAGAUAUAAUGUCUGAGAUCGAAGUAUUGGAAUGGCUGCGAAAGAAUCGGUUCCGACAACCAGAACUGAAUAUAUUUAUGUACGCACUGAUAGCGCUCUCUGUGGCGUUCGUAAUGUAUACCGCCUUCUUGCUGCAGUGUUUCAAGCCUGCUGCACCUUCGACCACACAACAUCCAAAACAGGCGUGAUGGGAUUAAACCAAAGACUAAAUUGAGACUCUGACCAUAAGGUCGAGUGUAAAAUAAUUUUGUUUUAAACAUGAUUUCGUGCACAAAACUUGUUCAGACAUUCAGUGAUUCAGAUGAAGACAUCUGACUUUGUGACAACUAUUUGUUAUUUGGGAACAAACUUUUACUUCGUUAGAAGUUUUAGAAUUAUCUGUAGUUUUGUUGUAAUCAUAUUCCGUUACGAUUUUUAAU